AUGGGCAAACAAAAGAAAUUCAAGCAUAAAGUUAAUAUUCCACCUAUGAGUCGAGAAUCCAUAUUUGAUUAUUCAGACCAGUUCGAAAUGCUUUCAGCCGAUGAAAAAAAUAAUGCUUAUCUUUUGUUAAUAACAAAUGUUUUAAGAAAAAUUGAACAUGUUGACAUUAUAAAGAUCGAGAACGAUAUGAUUAUCAGAAAAUUCAAGAAGCUCGAUUUUGUUGUAAAAUGUUUAUACUUACAGCCAUGGUUUUGG